AUGCAUGCAACUAUAGCUCAGUCAUAUGAAGAAGUCGAAUGCCCACCUCUGCUCGAGAAAGUACUUUACGACCAUAUGGACAAUAGGGAGGACUUCAUUGAAAUAUCGAAAAUCGAACCGUUCACUAAACUUCCCCUGCGUCUCGUUCCGGAGAAAGGCUCUAAGUUACAUCCUCCCUUGUUCAUGUACGGCUGGUACGCCGACAGGGACAAACUGCUGGAUUAUGCCGCUUUGAAUGGUCUCACUGCGGCGGUUGAUGAAAAGAAAAGCAAGAAAGAGAAGAAAGGGAAAGGAGGAAGGAAAGGAAAGGAAGGAAAGGAGACAGCGAACGAAGAUCACAGCAGUACGCAACAAUCCCACAAUGCAGAAUCAACACGCACCGCUCCUCGACGACGCAAGAGCUCUGUCCAUGACAGAGAAUUCAUGCAGAAAGCCAUCGUCGAUUUACUCGGGAAGCAUCAGUUGGGGGACUACUCCAACAAUGUGGAGUUACACAACACUUUGUACAAGGCUUUGGGCCACGACAGUUCGGUCAUCAUCACUUUAUUCACAAAUUACAGCCUGGAUAAGGAAUUGGCUUUCGAGACGGUGGAUGCUAUCCAGAAGGCACUCGAGGCGCCGGAGGCUCAUGUCAGAACCGAACUCCCGCUGGAGCUGCAACCUGAGUACAUCAAAGGAAGGCCAUUGCAGGAGUGCGCAUUGGCAUUCUCAAAGCUCGAGCCAUUUGAUGUACUCCCCCACGAACUUGUCCCAAGUCCGGACCAUCUCCUACUUAAACCUCCCAUGUUUAUGUAUGGGUGGAUUCCUGAUGAAGCUAAGUUGCUCGAAUAUGCAACGGAGCAUGACACUGUCAUAUUUGACAGUUCAGUCGAGGAGGAGCUGUUACAAUAUCCACCCCUUCCGGAUGAAGAUGAGAACGAAUUAGAGGAGGAGAGGAGAGACAGGGAGAGGAGAAAGAAGAUGGAGGAUAAAUAUAGCAGCAACGCUAAGGAGGACAAAGCAUUGUCAACCUUCCUCAACCGAUACCCCAACGGGAGCCUUAUUCGGACGUGGAACCAGACCAUUUGCGUGGUGCUGUGCGAGGCGGGUCUGGAAAAAUAUGCCGAGGACAUAAAGAUCCACUCCACGCCGUACGCCGAAGUUACUAGGGUGAUCUCUAUCUAUGGCCUGCGACAGGCACCCUCUGAUGAUGUUGUGGACAAGAUCUACGAGGUUCUCGGGGGAACCAACGAACCACGCCGCUGGUAUUUGUCGAGCAUGGAAUGGGACUGGAAGUGGUAA